GUUGGCCAUUAUGUGUUGACCCUGGUUAACCUUGAGUUUAUGAUCCAUCAAGUUUUAAAAAAUAAUCAAUGUGUGAAGUGCAGUCAUAUAUAGUGUUGGACCACAACUACAAGUUUGAACUUUUGGUUGAAUUGGUUCAUUCACAUGAACUUGGAGCCUUCUUGAUGACCAAGAGGUCACAUGAGCUAGGACUUCGAAACUCAACGCCGUGGUUAGAUAAUUCAUUUCUUAGAGAUUUAAGUAGUCUUUUUGUGUAUGUUGGUGCGUGCAGAUUCAUGGCGCCCGUUUUCUCAUUCCUUGAGAAAUGGAAGAUAGAGCUCGCUGAGGGUGCUAUAAUAGUAGCUGCUGUGGUCAUCCAAUGGGUUGUUAGAGACCUGAAUGUGUCUUUAGUUGUCCCAUACCGUGGAAUCCUUUGGUGUGUUUUACGUCCGGCUUGGCGUGCGUACACCGAAUAUUGUGAGAGGCGCUAUGGGAAGCGAAGGGCUCCAAAAAGAAUCAAGAGGCAGUUGGUGUAUUUCAGCUAUCUUGUGACAUUCGCAGCGGCCGUUGCUUCUCCCUUUGUGGACCAAUAUUUCAAAGGGCAUUCAGAACACUCGGCGGCUCUGGCUUGCCUGUGUGCCGCCACUGUGCUCUUGUAUCUCUACUCCCUGAACCUCAUGAUCUUUGGAGAUGUGUUGGUCAUUGCUGCCUCCUUUUGUGCCACGGUGCUCCUACCCAUGGAACGCCAGACCACAAAAACCAUUGCUGUGCAAGGCAUUGCACUCGGUCUAAAACUGCUAGCGGCUGGGUAUAAAGAUGUGAAGAAAAGGUUGGCAGCCGCCGCACUAGCCGCAAACCAAGCAGCUGCUGCCGCCCCGAAGAUGGACCCCCAGCUCGCCGCGAUCCUCAAGAAACCUUUCCCAGAAAGGGGUGCUGUCCCAAACCUAGCGGCUUCAACUGCCGCCGUUGCCACCGCUGAGAAGAUGGACCCCCAACUCGCCGCAAUCCUCCAGAAACCUUUCCCGGAGAAUCCCCUGUUUCGUGAAGAUCCAAUGCAAGCCCUAUACCUAUAGUUAAUGGAUGGUGGUUGAACUAACUAAACUAGCUGCUAAACAUUAAUUACCUACUAUACUCUGAAUCUUUUUAUGCAAAAGCUUAUUUGUAUAUUACAUACUCUUAAUUAGAUGUUAUAUGCAGUACUCUAUUAGUAUUUCAAUAACCUGAAUAUUAUAAACCAACAAAAAAAAGGAGAAAAACUA